AAACGGAACAUGGCCGAUACCGCGGAAUUGAAGCACAUGGUAAUGAGCUUCCGGGUAUCCGAACUCCAGGUAUUACUGGGGUUCGCUGGCCGGAAUAAAAGUGGUCGAAAGCAGGAUUUGCUGAUGCGGGCUCUUCAGCUGAUCUCUAAGGGAUGCUCCACACCUGUACAAAUUAAAAUUAGAGAAUUAUAUAGGUUGAUGGUAAAAACUUGGACCAAUGCCCCCCAAGAUCAACCUGAUGCCAGAAGAAGCGAGCGAUGUCGGCCGGGAGCCAAACCCUACCCGUCAGCAUCAACAAGAAGUUCAGAUGCAGAUGACAGACUGCGGUAUCCAGGCAAGCUGAGUGGCUCAUCGAGUUUGCGAGGGCCUUCAUCAUCAAGUAAUUCAGAUCCAUCAAGACAUGGUCACCUGCUUUAUAAUGAACUAAUGACUGGAGCAGACUAUGCUAAACAUUCGAGUCAUUCAAGCACGUCAAGCCAGCAUUCCAGUGGUUUCCCAGUACAUCCAGAUGUUCGGUUUCAACGGCUGCCCUUCUAUGACGUUCUCGGUGAAUUGCUGAAGCCAUCAACAUUAGUGCCAAGAAAUACUUCACGGUUUCAAGAAACGUUUUUUGUGUUUCACCUCACACCGCAACAGGCCCAGGAUAUCGCGAUGUCCAGAGAUAUGCGACCUGGUUCAAAAUGUGAUUAUCAAGUUCAAGUCCAACUAAGAUUUACGCGGAUAGAAACUGGUACUCCCCAAGCAGAUGACUUUCCAACUGGUGCUCUUUUAAAAGUUAAUAGUAAAGUUGCUACACUGCCUAAUCCCAUCCCUACCAACAAGCCUGGUGUUGAGCCAAAGCGGCCGGGACGACCUGUCAACAUUACCUCAUUGUGUCGCAUCUCACCAACGAUUCCUAAUCAUGUGAAUAUCUCGUGGGCUUCGGAAUUCGCUCGGGGUUAUUGUGUGGGUGUGUACCUAGUCAGAAAGCAGUCGUCAGAUGUCUUAUUACAGAGACUAAAGGCCAAAGGAAUCAAACACGCAGAUCACUCGAGGGCUUUAAUUAAAGAGAAGCUCCAUCAAGAUCCUGACAGUGAAAUAGCCACAACGAGUCUCAGAGUGUCACUCUUGUGUCCUCUCGGAAAGAUGAGGAUGCGUUGUCCAAGCCGUUGCAAUACGUGUACACAUCUCCAGUGCUUUGAUGCUGAGACCUACCUGUUGAUGAACGAAAAGAAGCCUACUUGGAAAUGUCCUGUAUGUGAUAAACCAGCUACCUACGAUAGUCUUAUCAUUGAUGGACUUUUCUCCAAAAUAGUGCAGGAGUGCAGUCAGGAUUGUAAUGAUAUCCAGUUUGUUGAGGAUGGUUCAUGGAGUCCAUUCAAGCAGGUCAAAAAGGAAGUGAUCAUUUCAAGUCCUGCUACCAAGACGAGCUCUACUGCUUCUUCAUCUUCUUCAUCAGGGUCAGCUCCUGCACCUAAGAAGCCGAAGCCAGCUGUCAUAGACUUGACAUGGAGCAGUUCAGAAGAUGAUGAUGAUGAUGAUGAUCCCUUGCCGCUGACAAAGAAGUCACCCCAACGGUGCGUGAGUCCUAUGAGUUGUGCGCCACCACUGAUUGAUGUGGAUACACCACCUCAUUACAGUCCCAAGAGUCGGGGAGAAUCGGCUGCAAGCAAUCCUGUCCACCUGGACAGCCCCAUAUUCGUGGCAUCAUCAUCAUCACCUCAAUCACAAAAUUCCGGCCUGUCUAAUUGCAUAACGAUAGAUUAUGACACAACGGAUUCAUCUGGGACAAGGGUCUCGAAUUCUCCACGCACGCCAAAUAGCAGUGUCUCACCGCGAUCUACUUUGCGUACCCCGCCCACACUUCACACCACACCUCCACCCCUCAUCCCAAGUCCGCAGGCCGCUCACCGGCCAAUCAGUACAGUUGCACCGACAAUCAGUGCCACGCCUUCAAUGCUGCAUUCGGCCCACCUUGGCCUCUCGAUCCCGGUCCACAAUCCACCGCCAGCACACACUCGGUCACAUUUGUCAUCUCAUCUGCAGCAUCCUUUCUUGGGUACUGGCCUUGGUCUUUCUAGCAAUGAAGUGGAAGAUUUUUAUGGCAUGAUGAGUGGUAUCAAUUCUUUCCUGCCAUCAUCCCGUUAUAAGUCUUACCUGCCAUCAGGUCCCAGCUCAGAUGAUGAUUCCUCCUCUUGAUGGUAAAGUUUUCUUCGACAUUAAUUAUUGAAUGUGUCGAAUCAUGCUGCACGUACUAGCCUGUUGAAAAUGCUGAAUACGAUUAAUAUAUUGGUAUAAUCAUGAUAAAGAAGCAUGCAUUCAUAUUGGAGAAAUAUGCUACUCUCGCCCAACUACAUGUUCAGGAAACCUAAGGGCGUAUGAGGUGUCUUUACAACAAAGUCAAAUAGAUCAACUCUCCUACUUUUGGACUGAAAUCAUGAAUAUGAACCCCGCUUUAUAAUUGUGCUCUUGGCAGAGAUUUCAGCUUUCUUUGGGAGGGGGACCUGACAUGUUGAUUUCAUGUUUCCUCUCAAGUUCUCCGUAUUGCUUCAUCUUGACAAUGGUCAGUCGAGACUACCUAUGUGAUAUGCAUAUACUGUUUGUACAUAAGAAAAAAAUUGUAUUUGGUGACUUCCAAUAUAAGCUGGGUGCUGUUCUGAUGGGAAAAAGUAUUUGAGGUUGUGAUUAUAAAAUGAAUCGGUGGUCAGCAGUAUUCUCUGGCCUACUCAGCUGAAUUUUAGGGUUGAAUGUUGCUAGUAUAUGAUGAUUUUAUUCGGAGAGUAUUGAGGUUGUAAUCCUAGUGACCGACCCUUCAUUGUUUGGGUCUUUAGGUCAGAUCUCAUUAUAUUUUGUGUCGUACCAAUGAUUAAUUUGUCACCUUUUAUAUACACUCUGCAUAUAACUGUUUAUUUAUCUGUCAUGUACUUACAUGUACAAAUGAAGAUCAUUGAUAAAUUGCUUAUGUUUAUUAACUAGACAAAAUGACAGUUUUAUUUGGUCACAAUUGAGUUGGUUUGCAUAGUCAGUUUGUAGCUCUAGUAAACAACUGUGUUUACUGGGUUGCGGAAGGUCGAAAGGCGUAUUUUCCACAUAUGCCUAUUACAGGUAAAAUAGACCUAUUUUACACUACAGUCACCUCUCAGCCCUCAGAAUCCUGUCCACACAGUAAAAUAAUGACUCUGGAUUUACCCAGUUUGCAAAGUUGAACCCUGCUAGUCAGAUUUCUACUUGUGCAUUGUAUUUAUCUACUUGAAUAUUGAUGUAGAGUUACCUUUGUGUGUGAAGAAGUAAGUUACCUUUUUAUGUACUGUUAGGCUGUUCAAGAUGCAUGUUGUUCAGGGAGAAGGGGGGGGGGGGGCUAUUAUGGAGAUAACAGGGUUUAUGAUGAAUUGUAUGAGUUGGUCAGAAGACAAGAUAAAUGUUUGAAUGCUUUAUUGAUUUAUAAUGAUUCUGAUCUGUUAAGACGAAUCAUGGAGUUAUGGAGGGACUUAUUCGUGUAUGUAGUUGUAGUUACAUAAUGUCUCACAGACUAUAAACUCAGAGAUACCUAUUUGGUAACACUGACCUAAAAUCAAGUUGCACUGCAUAAUUUAGGUCCUACCUGAUCGGGUUGAAAUCCUGAUCACAUUCUGUAACUAGGCUGACAAUGCUAGUCAGAUAAUUUCAUUCAAAGGGUUUAAACUUGUUCAAAAUGUUUUUGCUAUGUUGAGGACCUGAUUAAUCACUUGUGGGAAGUUAACAUUACGUGAGGUUUACCAGUCAGUUGUGCUUGAUACAAAUGAUGUUGGUGACUGUCAGGUCUGAAGGUGCUGCCACACACAGUACAGUCGAAGAUCAUGUGGAUUUGUGUGGAUUAUGUAAGUAACUGCAGCAGGAACUGGUAAAAGUUCUUCUCCAAAUCUCUCAGUGUCAUUAGAAUGGAAGUUAUAUCCAGUUUUUCUCUGACAUUAUCAACAAAGUGUAUUGUGUGGAAAAACCAUUGUAUUUUUCUUGAAACUAGAAAUUGCACUUCGACUUCAACAUAUUGAAGAUGUUUUGUUACCCUCUUCAUAGUUUGAGCAAAUAAAAGGAGACUUUUUGGAGGAGAUGUGUUGCCAGUUGCCUGGUGUUGUCACGAAUUAUCAAUGAAAAUGUAAGUAAAUCAAUUAAGUGAAUUAUUUGAUCAAUAUGUGUGAAUUUUCACCGGUGAUUAUAACUGAUUAGGACCCAAGCGUGUACACGUAACAAUCUUGCUCUUGUGUUUGUGCUCCCAUCUCCCAAAAUCCAUUCACAAUUCACAUUCUUCAAAAAUCUGGUCAUCCCUCAUCACACCCACCAGCUUGGCAAAAUGCAUAUUUUGUAAAUCUUGUGUGAUUAAACGUAUAUUUUGUGAAACUGUGGAUUUUGUUCUUCAUUUGUGGCGAGAGAAUGGAGAGUGUCACAAGAGCUUGUGUAAGUUGCUGUGCAAGGCAAAAGUCGACCUUUAAGUUGUACUUCAUACCCUUGAAUGUUUCUUUUUAAAUCUUUGAUGUUAGUCAAUAGUAGACUGUAUUUUCAUCUGAUACCAAGAGAUCAUGACGAAAGACAUGCUCAGGUGUCUUUGCAUCUAAUGCUGUGAACAACUUCAAAGUUUUAGCUCGUACCUUGACGUGUGUGGUCUGGCUGAAAAUAUUUGAUGCUGCCCUCUCUAAGAGGAGCUGUAAGAACGCCUUUAUGAUGGUUAUCAGAUACCUAAACUGAUGAAUAAAGGGAUGAAUGUCUGGCAGCUUAAAGAUGGACUAAUCCGGACAUAUGUGACCUACUUUGCCAAUAGCAGGUGCUUAUCACAAGAAAAAUAUGAAAAAAUCAUAAAUGCUGACCUUCGGUGACCCUUUGUGAUUUGCUCUGAGGCGCUCUACUCUGGAAGGCUGAGAGAUUGAAGAGCCAACCAUAACUGAUGACAUGGUUGAUCAAAACGUAUGGAGACAUGAAGAGGAGAACAUUUUCCAGCAGGAAUAGUCCUUCAGAUUCAUUGAUCAAUAUCUGAAUCACAUUGACACAUGCACUGGCCAACAACACGUAAUGCAUCUCCCAGGAACAACCCCAGCAAGAGCAUUUAAAACCAAUUAAAAGAUGAUCACAAGUGGUGAUACUUCCAUGUCAUUUCUAGGCGCAGAAUUGUCUACUAGUAUUCAACAGGUGCGAAAGGAAUUUGAGGAGUCGCGUAGCCGAGUGGUUAACGCUGGUGACAACACUGAUGGGCCUAGGUGACAGGAAUAUGUUUUCUGAUAUACCGGUGGGGAGUCCAGGAACAAAUUCUGGGCUCUUCACAACAUAUGAACUAUCGAGACUCUGGUGGAUGAGACUAAAAGCCAUGGUCCCUUGUAGCUGAGUGUCUAUACCAGUAAAUGAUCCCACACAGGGGGAUAAAAGUAACCUGUAGUGGCCUCGCCAUGGUCCCUUGUAGCCGAGUGUCUAUACCAGUAAAUUAUCCCACACGGGGAUAAAAGUAACCUGUAGUGGCCUCGCAUCGCAACCAAAUACCAAAUAAGGAAAAUAUGCCGUAUUACUGAAUUGCUGUAGGUUGGCCGUAGUUCAUACACCAAUCUUUUCAACUGUUUGUU